UUUUUUUUUUGUUCAUUGCGACCAACACACUGCUGGGAGUUUUACCAAUCUGGAAUGAAGGUAUUCCACUGAAGGUCACUAUAAGGCUUGGUGUGGCUGCCAGAGGUGUCGCAUCGGAGCUGCCAACAUCGAAACCUCGCCUGUGUCUCUCCUCAGAGCCAGCAGCUGAUUCAUGCUGCAGCAGAGACUCCGUUUGUGACUACAAUGUUUUUUAGUAUGGGUUGUGAAUGCAAGGUGGCACAUUUAGAUUUGGUAUGCAGGAAUUGUAUGAUGGCAUUCAUGCGAGGUAACGGACACAACCUGACGUAGGCGUUGUAUUAGAACCUUCCGGUUCUAGGUUUUUAAUGCUCAUGUAUUUAUACGCUGACAGUCUUUGGAUUUUUAUUUACAAGAGUUUCUUGGAUCAUGGCAGCACAUCUUUAAAUAUGCUCUGUAUUUGGGAAGUCUGUUUUGUGACAUGAAUUCUAUCGAUGACGGACGCAUUGUGCGAUGAUCUUUCUUUGCAUCAUUGGCUACUACAUGUUUGCAUUAUCCUGUGCAAAUGAGUUUCUCAUGUGCUUGAGCUUAGGUUGCAAGAUGUUUUUAUUUAAAGCCUGUCUGAGAGCGAACGUAUUUGGCAGUCUUGCUACUCACGGCGAACUUGUGACCAGAAUUUGUGAUUCAUUCCACAUCAUCCGAAUGGCUCAUGAGCUUUGCCAGAUGAUGCAUUUAUUUUAUGGCACAAAAUGGUAUGGUCCAAAAUGGACCCUCGGUUCUUGCAAGUCAUUCCAUGACGUGGUGUCUUUGGUCUUAUUCCACAAUUGUGUUUGGGGCCAGUGACGUGGGUAAAGUUUGAAUGAGCCGGAGAGACGUGUGCAACUUUGAACAACUUGUGGCGCAUAAAUGAUUUGAAGUGACAGGUAAGGGGUUAAAUGUAUUCUAGCAGCGCAUGUUUCGCCUCGGCCUGGCGUUGCUGAAUCAGGAUUCCUGCUUGCAGCUGGAUUGCUGCCAGGCUGCUGGAGGAAAGGGUGGCCGCGCAAAUGAAACUCUCACAAGCUUGCUGUAGUCUUCUCUUUAGCUUUAGACUUGUACAGACGAUAGCAACUUGGCCGUGCCGGCUCACUUGCUCUGCUGAGUCACUUGUGCUCCAGCUGAUGCUGCUUGACUCCCUCCUCCCCCCCUCCCUUCAGACAAACAAGACUACUCGGUGUGGGCAGCAGCAGUGACAGUCGUCUUCUGACGGAGACGCGCUGUGCCUCUCGGAGCGAGGGUACUUCUAUGAUCAAGCCAAUAGCCCUGACGGGAAUCUUUCAUUGCACAGUUAGGAGAGGAAGCGGGGAGGUGGGGGAAGCUGAUGUCAUUAGCAGGGCUGUGCGAGUGCAUCAGCAGCCAUGUCACAUGCUGCUAGGGUGGUCAGGGAUGCGGCUGGAAAUGCAUGGCAGUUGUACCAGAGGCAGCAGACUCAGAGCUGGCUGUGGUGGGCAGCAGACGGAUGCUCUUCCCCAGCUGUGGUGGCAUGCACGGCUCCCAGGAGACGCAGCAGCAGUCCACCAGAGGCCAACAGGGCGUCAAUGUCGGCGACCUGGGUCUGGGCCUGGGCCUCCAGUCCCUGCGUGUGUCAGGCUGGGAUCGAACCUGGAGCAACCAGGAGAAUGAGACCCACAUCAACUCUUCUCAGGCUCCUACUAGCUCACCAUCAAUGAUGGGGAUCCUGAACAGCCCAUUCAACAACAUCCUGGGGAAGCCCUCCAACUACCUUCCCAACGAGAACAGUGUGACUGCUGACUUCUUGGAGAAGUUUCCACGGAUGGCUCGGAUGGCGAACCGCUUGGACUCCAGCUCGUUUUGUGAGCCCCACUCCAGUCCCGAAGACUCGGACACAAGCUGCUUCAGCACCAGCUCGGAUCACAUAUGUGACCUCCUGUCGACUCUGCAGAUUUCCCCGUCUCUGCCUUACCUAACCUCCAACAAACAAAGGGAGCUGGUGAGACUGGGGUCCCGCCUGGAACCGCAGGACCCCUCUGUCCCUCUGACCCCACCACCGAGUGCCAGUCCGGUCUCUGCUCUGUCUCGCCGCUGGCGCACCAGCUCCCCAUGGCCUGGCAUGGAUGUACUGGACCAGUCCAAUGCCUUCAGCAUCGAGCGGGAGGCCCGUUUGCACAGACAGGCUGCUGCUGUUAACGAAGCAUCUUUCACCUGGAGUGGUCAGCUGCCCCCCAGAAACAACAAAGAUCCUUUGUACUCCUGCAAGGUGUUUCUUGGUGGCGUUCCCUGGGACAUCACAGAAGCUGGCCUGAUCGGCACCUUCGGGGUUUACGGCCCGCUGACUGUGGAGUGGCCGGGUAAGGAUGGGAAGCACCCGCGCUGCCCUCCCAAAGGUAAUGUUGCUAAAGGCUAUGUUUACCUGGUGUUUGAGAAUGAGAAGUCUGUCCGAGCUUUGCUGCACGCCUGCUCCCAGGACCCUUUCCACCCUCAGGACAGGGAGUACUACUUCAAGAUGUCCAGCCGCCGAAUGCGGCUGAAGGAUGUGCAGGUGAUCCCCUGGGUGAUCUCUGACAGCAACUACGUGCGCUGCCCUGCUCAGCGUCUGGACCCCAGCAAGACGGUGUUUGUUGGUGCGCUGCAUGGCAUGAUCAACGCUGAAGCCCUGGCCAGUAUCAUGAACGAUCUGUUUGGAGGGGUCAUGUACGCUGGCAUCGACACGGACAAGCACAAGUAUCCCAUAGGUUCAGGACGUGUGACUUUUGACAACCAACGGAGUUUCCUGAAGGCAGUCUGCGCUGCUUUUGUGGAAAUCAAAACGCCAAAGUUCUCAAAGAAGGUCCAGAUUGACCCCUACCUGGAAGACUCCAUGUGUCAAAUCUGCAUUCGCCAACCAGGGCCGUUCUUCUGCAGAGACCAGGCCUGCUUCAAGUACUACUGCCGCUCCUGCUGGCACUGGCAACACUCCAUGGACAUCCUGAGCAACCACCGGCCGCUCAUGCGCAACCAGAAGAGCCGGGAUUCCAGCUAAGAGGAGUCCAGGCAGUCUGCCGGGUCAGAGAUGGCGCUCCGCCGGACGGGCGGGGUCGCCACCAAGGAGAGCACUGUGUCCGCUCCCCCCUGCGCAGCAGGGGGCGAGGUGGCACCUCACAGGCGUUGGGGAUCUCACUGUAGGAACUGUUCACGUUUGCACUUGCUACAUUUUUGCUGUUGUUCACAGUGGCACUAUGCACAGUGACCUUGUUGGGAUAGACAAGGGACCCCUUGAGCUUUAGCGUACUCCCCAUGUUUCCCAGACCAGAGUUCCUCUAAAGUUCCAAGGCGUUUUUCUUUCCUUUUUCCUUUCCGUUUGCCUGAGUUGCAUAGUGAAGAGCAAACACGCAAGUCUAAUUGGUCGAUGCCAAACAGUGCCUUUAAUUUUUCUUUUUAUUUUGUUCUUUUCCCCACCCUCCCCUUUCCCAGUUGGCGUCCGGUUUCCUGUGCAAACCAGCUGGUGUUUCUUACUUUGGGAGUUGAAGGCUUCAUUUAACUGGUCGCAUUUCAGACAUUUUUACGCAGUUUUUUACUAAUUUGUACACAAACGGUUUUUAGUCAUAACAUUAACAUUUUGAACAGAAUUCUACCUGGUUGUGGCCGUUUAUGGGAAAUCCCCCUUUUAUUUUUUACCUUUUGUCUUUCAUGUAUUUUUUUUUGUUUUGUUCCCCAGUUGUCAUUUCCAUGUUGGAAGUUGCGGACCUUCUGAUCCGUCUGUGUUCGAGGUUUCAUGUCAGAUGAUCUUCCGCCGGUCCAUCACUUUCAGAUUUACCCGGUUUUUCUCCUUCAAUCUAAUCUCAACAAGAUGUUUGUUGUUUUUUCGCACCUUUUAAUUUGCACUUGGAGAGGUGGAGGUGGUUUUUAAUCACUUUUGUACAUCAGCAGGGGGACGUGCCAUUCUUCGACAAGCCGCUUGUUUCCUGUUGAUUGUAAGAACCUCCACGUUGGAUUAAAUGGAGCCAGCGCUUGAGUAGACUUCAAUGUAUGAGCCCCGCGCUUUCUUAGCCUUCCGGUUCCAGUAGGACAUAAGUUGUGUGCCAAAGACCAAGUCUGUCCUUUAUCUUUCUCGUUGUCCUGCUGAGCUUUUUAAGAGUUUCUGAAAGUCUACCUCAUUGCGGUCUACCAAGUCUGCUGUCCAUGAGCAGUUGUGGAGAAUUGGGCACAAUAAAGGUGUUUAAGCAUUA